UGCACAAACCGGAAGUAUUUGUUGUCAAGAAAUACAUUGAUGGCGGCAAAACCGACAUGGGGAUUAGAAAAAAUAGGCUGCGGUUCAGUGCUCCCGGAAAUAACCUACUGUUAUCUUAACAUGGAAACUUUGUAAUAUGGUUUUGUGUUUAAAUUAGUUUGUUUUUAAAUUAAUUUUCAAAAUGGCCAUGGAAAAGCAUUAUACGUUGCGGGACACCCACACCCGUGCCAUUACUGCAAUCGGAUACAACUCGGCAAGGAGAGAGAUCUUAAUAGGUUGUGAAGAUGGAGUGAUCAAGUUCUGGGAGUCCGAGGGUGGGAAGCUUGUGAUGACAGCUUAUGAACACAAAGGAUGGGUGACAGAUUUCCUCUUCUGGGCAAGUCCUAAAUUGAUGUUAUCUGCAGCUAAUGAUGGUAACAUUAUAGCGUGGUCUACUGGAGGGACAGUUUAUGACAGAAUACCAAUUGGUAUGCCCGUCUACUGUAUGGCCAUUAACCAUAGGAGGGAGCAGUUAGUGUGUGGAGUUAAUGGAAGUGUCCGGGUGUAUGAUCUGGAUGAGGAUAAGGAAUCUGGUCAUGUGAUUAAUACGGAGGUUUUGUAUGUUGCUAGGGAGCAUACUGAUAUUGUUCGAUGUAUUCUGUGUCACGAAUCCAGAAUUUAUUCAGCAGGGUAUGAUCAGAAAAUUGUGAUUUAUGACUCAUCAUACACACGAGACAACAGUUUGGCACCAUUACAUCAGCACCCUAAAGCUCAUGAUGCAGGGAUUUGCUGUAUGUUGCUAGAAAAAGACAACGAAAAUAACCAAUGGUUGAUGACUGGUUCUUUUGAUAAGACUGUGAAGAUCUGGUCUAUAGAUGGCAAAUUCACACACAAGCUGGACAAUUUCUUAGCUACGAUUUCCGGAAUUUGUUAUGUGCCUCGUAACAAGACAGUAUGGGUAGCUGGGGGGACAUCAUAUGCCAGUCUGUUUGAUCCCAAGUCAGGGGAUAAUGUAUCAGAUUUUAUUGGAACCUUCCAGCAACAGGAGGAAGAAAAAUAUCAGCUGCAGAUUCUGAAGUACAUUCCUGAGCUGAAUGAGGUUAUAGCCUCCACAAGUCGACGCCACCUGGUGGUAUGGAAAUAUAAUCCAUCUGGUUGUAUCACAGCUCUGAAGUGUUCCAGUAAUCUAGAGAGCCUCUGUUACACUAAGAAAGUACCCAUAUUGAUAUUUUCUGGUGAUAAUGAAGGAGUGAUUAUUAAGUGGGAGAGAAUGCAGUCUAACCAUUUCAUGUACAGUAAGGAACUUUAUCAGCUGAGUGACAACAAACUAAAAAAGCAGAAAAAAGUGGGAAGCAAGGCACGAGAGCUGUUAUUGGAGCAGCAGCUGAACCAGUCUCCCUCCAAAUUGUACAACGACACCCAGUCAGCUAAGGUGGAGGCCUCCAAACAGAAAAUCACCCAUGUCAGAAGUCAUUACGCUUACAAUAAACCACUUAUACCACCGCCUUCGGUACAUAACCACCCCAAUACAACCAUACUUAAGAUUGUGUUUGUGGAGAGAUUUGACUACAUCAUAGCAGCAUCAGAGGACAGCAAUAUAUAUGUUUGGGCAUUUGACUCAGAUGCAGUGAAAGCAUUGAAGGAUAUGAAACCUAUGGAUAUGGAGAAGUUGGUGGCUAAAUAUAGUAUCCUACUUGACCCUGACUCUGAGCUGUUACCACAGAAUAAACCCAACACCCUGGAAGAGGAGGAGACAUCAGAAGAAGAAGAAAUAAGCAGUGUUAAAUCGGAAAGUGACUCAGUGACAAAUCGAGUGGCAGGAUUUGUGUGUAAAUUUGUGUUUGCUGAGCACAUGAGUUGUGUCACCAGUAUGGUCGUGAUAGGGAAGGAGUAUGGAAUGGACACCACAUAUCUGUUGAGUGGAGGUUGGGAUAAGAGAAUCUGUAUCUGGGAUCUAGAAAAAGGAACUUUGGAGGGUACUUUCCGUAACACUGCCCCUGGUGCUGCCUAUGAGAGUCUGGAAUUUGCCUGUGACGGGGUCAUCAUGGAUAUGGACUACUCACCAAAACACAAAGAAUUUGCCUAUGCCUCCAGUGACAAAAUGGUGUAUAUAAGAAAAUUUUCUACAAAUGGUGCUAAAAUGACUUUGGUCAACACAUUACAAGGUCAUGAAGGUGAAGUUACGUGUGUGCGAUGGAACAUCCACGGAAAAGGAUCAUGGGUAACAGGUUCAGAAGAUGGAACUAUCCGAAUCUGGGCUGGGCAUGGUUUAAAUGAAUGUGAACAAAUUCUGGCUGCUCAAGGAGGGGUGUGUUGUAUGUGUAUUGAUAAACUGAAUGGAAGUAUUGUAGCUGGUAUCCAGAACACCAUCAGGGUCUAUGACAGUGAACAUUACCGCCUGGUUCAGACCAAUCUUGGACAUACUGAUGCUGUAAGAAGUAUUAUCCACAUCCCAGAGAGAAACCAGUAUGUCUCUUGUUCCUGGGAUCAAACAAUCCGCGUCUGGAACGCCUGGAAAAAACCAAAGAGAAGAGUGAUUCCGAAAAAUGAAAAUAAACACAUAACCUUGACCUCUGGAGACGGGGAUAAACCCGUGUCCGCGGAGAAAAAAGUAGCGUUUUCUGACAUCGACGGAGAGGAAGAGAUGGCGAAGAUCCCUGAGGAAGAUGAGGAGGAUUUACAAGUCGAGGACGAGGCGUAAAUCCUAUAAACGAGACCAGUCCGUGCCAUAAUAGCAAGUGUGAUAUAUACAAAAUCCAUUCCAUGUGAUACCAUAUCAUCAAACGUCAGCCAUAAAAUGUAAUAUAGGGCUGUAUUUCUAAUCUCAGAUUUGAGAUUUUAAUAAAUGUUUCAGUAUUUGUGAUCAGACAUGAUUUGUUCGAGGUGAUUUGUGAUGGACUUUUAUACGGUACUUGUACAAGCUAACUAAGACUUUUGUAUAUUUUGAUUCUGGCUUAGAAGAAACUUUUAUUGAUAAAAUAUUUCAGUUUAUUUAUUACAUGUACAUGUAUGGACAAAUAUUCCAUGUACAUGUAUAUAUGAAGAUUAUUUUAUUGUGAUAUAUUUUCAAGUCUAUAUUUAUAUAUAUUUUAUUAAACAUUUUUAUAUAUUGUACAGUUCAUAUUUAUAAAAAAAAAUUUACUUCAUAUAUUUUUGUAUCAAACUGUAUUUUCUGUACAUAUUUUUAGUGUCUUUAUUGCUCUGUAAAGUCUGUAAACAAGCGGGUUAAAUUUUGUUUUUGCUUGUCCCUAGUCAAGUCAGUGAUCAAUCAUUUAUUUGUGCAAAUUUGUGUUUGUGCAUUGCCUGAAAUUUAUUUCAAAUCAAGGUUAGUGAAAAUGAUAAAUUUGAAUUUGUUUUUAUCAUCACUGCCCUGAACUGUCUCAGAACAUCUUAAUUCUUAAUUUGCCAUCAUCUGGUUUGAAACAAAUGUCUUUUUUCCUUAAUGUUUAGAUUAUGGUUUAUUUUUCAUAUUUGUUAUUGUAUAAUAAACUGGCACAUAUAUGUUCGAAAGAGGAAAAAAUUCUUGAAUUACAUAAUGCUUUGUAACAAAGCUAUAAACUUUUUAUAUCAAUGCAGACAUUUCUAUUUCAAGUUAUUCAGCCUUUUUGUGACAGGUGUAUAUGUUCGUUAGUUUGACGUAAUUAUGAAUGCAGAUAACACUGGUUCAUACAUGUUUGUCUACUUCUCACUAGUCUUGUCAAGAUUUUUCCUCAUGUAUUCAUAAAUUAUUUUCAAAGUUUUGAAAUUUUCUAUUUUUUUUUAAACUGAACACCCAUACCCGCCUUUCUUUGAUGGUCGGUUUUAAUGAAGUUUUGUGCUUGUUUGUUCUUUUAUGUUUCAGUCUGCAGAAAUAUCCUGGAUUUCUGUUUAUGCAUAUUCUUCUGCUUAUUCUCCAUUGUGAAAUUAAAUGAGUGUUAAUUGAUAAAAGAAAAUUAAACAUGAUGAUGAUCGGUACUGUGCCAAACUUUGACCAUGACCUUUUAACUAAAGGUAAUCAGGGUUGUGAAAUGUAUAUUCCAGAACAGUUUGGUGCUUAUAGUUCAGUAUUAUGCACCAUUUAGCUUAUAUUUUUAUGGAGAUGUAUUAGAGCACAUACAUUUUAUUCUUUGUUAAACUGAAUGUAAGAAAUGAAAUCUCCAGAGUAGGGGUUCUUUAAAUGUAGGUGUCCUGUGCAAUUUUUUAUGGAAUUUGAUUAGAAGUAACAUUUUGAAAUUUGAAAUACGUCAUUAAUAACAAAAUAAAAAAGAUAUA